UAAAGUGACGGUAGUAAUUUUGGAGAAGCAUACAUAGUACUAGAAAAAAAAGAUAUAUUCAUGACAAAGCUCUCGGCUCCAUUAAUAAAGAGGUCAGGAUCGGGAAGAAUUCAACCGUUUAAAAGAACACUUUACAAAAUUGAGGAAGGAGGAGGGGCGUGAUGGACAGUCACCCAAUCAAAUUACCCAGAAUACAAGGACUGGAAUUGUCGACCAAUCCUGAGUCACAGUUCUGGAUUUGUGCUUGUUGUUCAGUCCAAUCAGAACUAGCUUUACUCUAUAAAUAAGGUGACUCUCGCCCAAACUUCCAUUUUCUGCUUUGUGCUCUCUGGUCAAGAUGGCUCGUACUAAGCAAACUGCCCGUAAGUCUACCGGCGGCAAGGCGCCCCGUAAGCAGCUCGCUACGAAGGCUGCCCGCAAAAGCGCGCCGGCCACCGGCGGCGUGAAGAAGCCUCACCGUUACCGGCCAGGCACCGUGGCCCUGCGGGAGAUCCGGCGCUACCAGAAGUCCACCGAGCUGCUGAUCCGCAAGCUGCCCUUCCAGCGGCUGGUGCGCGAGAUCGCGCAGGACUUCAAGACUGACCUGCGCUUCCAGAGCUCGGCCGUCAUGGCCUUGCAGGAGGCGAGCGAAGCCUAUCUAGUCGGGCUGUUUGAGGACACGAAUCUGUGCGCCAUCCACGCCAAGCGGGUGACCAUCAUGCCCAAGGACAUCCAGCUGGCUCGCCGCAUCCGCGGGGAGAGGGCUUAAUUUGUCAUCUAAAUCCCAAAUACCCCCAAAGGCUCUUUUCAGAGCCACCCACUUUUUCACAAUAAGUAGUUGUGACCUAGUGAAAUUCGGGGAGGGUCCGUAGCAAGUAAGGAUGGAUGCU